CACUCGCGAGGUCGCUUGUGUUUGGAACGUCGUGAACUUUCCUGCAAUGUGACGACGCGGGGGAUGAAUGGUUACUAGCGUCAUGUCGCAGCAGUGCACGCGUCUGGGAGCGAAUGCGCGAGCGGAUUACGUACGCGCGCCGGCCGAGGCGUCUUGAGUCAGCGGGACACGCACGGGCAGCGGAGCGACGACCGUUGGAAAGAUGCGGCCGGCGACGCGACCGCCGCACGACGACGACGACGGGCCUCUGUUGUUGUUGCCGCCGCUGUUUCACCGUGACGAGUUCGCGAUCGCGUGCGGUGCGACGCGACGAACGAUCGACGCGGCCGCGGACUCCUGAAGCGAGCGCGGCGGUUUAAAGUGUGCCUUCGUCGCGAACCGGCCGGACGUCCGUGUGUUUCGCAUACUGGUGCGUGUACUGGUUUAGGUUAGGUGUGCCGGCACAUAACCUUAAAGCGCGAGCGGCACGGAGAGUCAAAAUCUCCGUAGCCGCGCAUCACCGUCCUGGAAUUGGAUCGUUCGCGGGAACGAUCGGGAACGAGUUUGUGUGUGCGUUCACGUUGAAGCUACGUUUUGGCUCUUUACGCAAUUUGGGUAAUCGGUGAGGUGGAAUGAGCUGGGUGACCACGGGACAAUGAAGGCCAAUGGGACAAACAAUGGCUGUAGCCGCCUGAAUACGCCAUUGGCAGCCACUACCACGCUGGAGGAUCCCGGUACACCAGCCUCCUGGAAGGGCCCGCCGCCCGGUUCGGAGGCAUCGCCCUUUACGCCCAAUUCCGUCGGCCAGGGUGGUGGUCCUGGCUCGGGUCCGUACAACAACACUGGCGGUCCACCCAGUAAUGCGGGCUUCCAAGGACCGAGUCCAUUCCCUGGUAGCGCUGGCAGUCCAGCCGGGGCACCGCCGUAUCAGGGUCCACCGCCCGGUUCGGCGACGCCGCAGUAUACCGCCUCUCCCGCACCAAGCGGUUCCUCGACACCCGGUCCUGGACCACCGCCUAAUUCCACCGGUUUUCCGCCACCUCCGAAUAAUUCCGGUCCGCCGUACAACGGGCCUGGGCCUAGUCCGUUCGGAUCACCCUCCGGUGGGCCACCGCAAUUCGUUGGCCGACCUGGCUCCUCGGGACCACCGUUUGUACCACCGGGUGCCGGUAAUCCUCAUUUCCCCUCGCACGGCCAGCCGUUUGGUGGACCACAGUAUGGUAUACCACCUGGAAGCCCGUUUGGACCAGGAGGACAUCCCAUGGCUGGACCUAUGGGACCUGGACAUCCGGCGAUGAUGGGCCCCGCUGGUCCGGUCGACAGGUUGGACCAAGGAUCGUUGCCUGUCCCCAGGAGGCAUACUCCAGCCUAUGGCUACAGCCAACCGGACUACAGGCUCCACGAGUUGAACAAGAGGUUAUCGCAGCGCACCGAGGAUAGUGACAAUCUCUGGUGGGAGUCCUUUGCAAACGAGUUCUUUGAGGAAGAUGCCACCCUCACCCUCCACGUGUGUUUGGAAGACGGACCGAAGAGAUAUUCGAUAGGAAGGACGUUAAUACCUAGGUAUUUUCGUUCGAUAUUCGAUGGCGGAGUGACGGAACUCUACUACACUCUGAAAAAUCAGAAGGAGUCGUUUCAUAACACCACCAUAACGCUGGACUGUGAUCAGUGUACGAUGGUCACGCAGUACGGGAAACCGAUGUACACUAAGGUAUUAACGGAGGGUAGGUUAAUAUUGGAGUUCACCUUCGACGACCUCAUGAGGAUAAAGUCGUGGCAUAUGUCAGUCAGGACGCAUCGAGAGCUGGUGCCGAGGAGCGUUGUCGGUAUGCAGCAGGACCCGACGGUGCUUGAGCAGAUUAGCAAAAAUAUCACCAGGCAGGGCAUGUCCAACUUUACUCUCAACUACCUUAGAUUAUGCGUGAUUCUGGAGCCAAUGCAGGAACUGAUGUCGAGGCACAAGGCAUAUGCUUUGUCACCACGUGAUUGUCUGAAGACCACCUUGUUCCAGAAAUGGCAGAGGAUAGUUGCCCCGCCGGGUAAGAGAGAAUCUCAGCGGCCGGCUAGCAAAAGAAGAAAGCGAAAGGGUAGCACAUCGGGACCGGGCAACAACGCACCUCCCGCGCCCAGCAAAAAGCGCUCACCAGGGCCAAAUUUUUCUCUAGCAUCACAGGACGUGAUGGUCGUGGGUGAACCUUCUUUAAUGGGUGGCGAAUUUGGAGAUGAAGACGAACGUUUAAUAACAAGGUUGGAAAAUACGCAGUACGAUGCCGCAAAUAAUCUAGAUCCUCACAGUCACGAUGCGACCGGCGGACCACCACCGCAUCCUCAUCAGUUCCAUUCGGAACCGACACCGGGUAAUUCUUGGCCUCCAGAUCGUGGCCCUGGUCCACCACAGGGAGGUCCUGGCAGUCAGAUAAAAUGGAUAAAUACACAAGUUUCAAGUCUUAUCAGAGAAUCAAUUCCACAUCAAAAUAAUUCUGAUCAAAAUAAGUGAUUUAAUCAUUGAAACAAUCACUUCUGAAUUUCAAAAUCGAUGUAAUUAUAUGAUUUGUGAAGAAAUCUAUACUAAAGAUAUUGAUCUCGA